AUGGCUUCAUCUGUUCUUAUGUUUGAUUUGUUUGACCUGAGUAUUAUUACCAAUAUUUUUACUGUUAUUGUUUUACUCCAUCCACGUAUGAGAAACAGUUCAACACAUGUCUACUUAAUGGCAUUAUCUGUAUGUAAUAUUUUCCUGUUAAUUGGUCUUGUGAUUAAUUAUUCAAUUAAAUCAAUUGCUUCCUAUCCAGAAUUAUUAGCCUAUUUACGUCAACCGGAUACUAAGAAUCGAAACGCUUUAUCCGCUAAUGGUUAUGAACAAUUUUAUGCUCGUGCUGCACCAUUUACAACACCAUUACUUUCUAUGCUUUUACUUUGUAGUACUUAUUUAACAGUGCUUCUUAGUGGAGAUCGAUAUUUUCUUAUAUGUUGGCCAUUAAUAGCUGAAAAAAUUCGCACACGUAAAAUGUCACUACGUUUAGUUUUACUUGUUUUUAUACUUGUUAAUAUUUAUAUAUUACCACAUUGGUUUGAAUAUCGUACAGAACCAAGAAUAAUUAAAAAAAUCAUAUCAAAAGAAAAUGAAACAAUAAACAAUAGCGAAAAUGAAACACUUGUGGAAUUAACAUAUACACGUCUUGGUUCACACGCAGUAUAUUUAUCAAUCUAUCGUUUUUAUUUAAAUGUUCCAAUAACAUUCGUUAUUCCAUUUACCUUAUUAACAUUAUGUAAUGGUAGUAUGAUUCAUCAAUUAUUAUUAAUAAAAAAGAAAAAAAAACGUUUAGGUCAACGUAUGAAAGCCGACAUACGUAUAACAAUUAUGUUAAUUGUUAUUGUUUUAACAUUUAUGUUAUGUCGUUCAAUAAAUUUAUUUGUCAAUUUACUUGUUCAGUUAUCACCAUGCUUAAAUAAAAAUUCUUUACAACGUUUUAAUGCAUUUGCUAAUUUACUCAUUGCAUUUAAUGGUUUUGUUAAUUUUUUUUUAUUUGCUGCAUUUGGUCAACGUUUUCGUGAAAUGGUUUUAUAUAUAUUUUUUCGUCAUGGACAAUAUCCAUUUCGAUCUAAUACUGAUGGUGUAAGCACACAUCGUUUUGCUGCUAUGAGUCCAAUACUAAAAGCAGGUUCUGUUCGACAACAAUCUAGACAUUUAUCAAAUACAGAAGCUGAUCUUUGGGGAACUAUAUCACGUCGACGUUCAUCAGCAACUAUGGCUGAUUUAUAUAAUCCAUUAGAUAAUGGAUCAAGACAAUCAUCGUAUUCAAAUAAGAAUUCAUCACAAUUACACAUUCCAAUAUCUUUAAAACGAACAUCAAAUUCAUCUAUUAAUAUAAUUCAAUCACCUUUUCUUAGUAGUUCAUCUGAUCAACGAGUAUCAUCAGAUAAUUAUCUAUUGACUAAAUCUAAUAAUAAUGAUCCUGAAGAACAUUCUAGUUUAAUUUUUGUGAAAGCAAAAAAAUUAAAAAAUGAAACUCAAACAGUAACAACUCUCCAUAUUACAUGUGUUUAA